CAUUACACGUGUUCAGGUGACGGAUGGCCAGCUGGACGCGUCGCCUGCGGACUGUAGAGACACGGAGAGCAGAGCUGCCAGCGGGUUAUACACACACAGAGAGAGAAGAAGAGAAAGCAGAAGAAGAAGAAGCAACAACAACAUUUCUCUUCUUGCAACGGAAAAGCGAAGUAGUUCCGCAAUACUGGUUGGGAAGGGAGGAAACAUAAUUUAUCAGCAUUAUGUUCAGUUGGGUUAACAAGGAGCAGGCUGGAAGAAACAAGGAGGGCGACAUGUUUCAAUCCGUCACUGAGGGACUUCAGAGUCUUUACACUAAAAAACUGCUGCCUUUGGAAGAAACCUAUCUUUUCCAUGACUUUCACUCACCGGCGCUGGAAGAAGCGGAUUUUCAGUGCAAGCCAAUGGUCCUUCUGGUGGGCCAGUACUCCACAGGGAAGACCACUUUCAUCAGGUAUUUGCUGGAGCAGGAUUUUCCCGGUAUGCGGAUCGGGCCUGAGCCGACAACAGAUGGCUUCAUUGCUGUGAUGUAUGGGGAGAGCGAGGGAGUUAUACCUGGAAAUGCGCUGGUGGUGGACACUAAGAAACCUUUCCGGAAACUCAAUGCCUUUGGAAACGCCUUUCUGAACAGGUUCAUCUGCUCUCAGGUCCCCAACCAAGUCCUGCAGAGCAUUAGCAUCAUUGACACACCGGGUAUCUUGUCUGGAGAAAAACAGCGUAUUAGCAGAGGCUAUGAUUUCUCUGAAGUUCUACGAUGGUUUGGUGAGCGUGUAGAUCGCAUCAUCCUCCUCUUCGACGCUCACAAGCUGGAUAUCUCUGACGAGUUCUCUGAGGCUAUUAAGGCCUUCCGUGGCCAGGACGACAAGAUCCGUGUGGUUCUAAACAAGGCCGACCAGGUGGACACACAACAGUUGAUGCGUGUCUAUGGGGCCUUGAUGUGGUCUCUGGGCAAAGUUAUGAACACCCCGGAGGUGGUGAGGGUAUACUUGGGCUCUUUCUGGGCCAAGCCACUGCAGAACACGGAAAACCGCCGGCUAUUUGAGGCUGAAGCACAGGACCUCUUCCGGGACAUCCAGGCCCUGCCACGCAACGCUGCCCUGCGCAAGCUCAAUGAUCUCGUCAAAAGAGCCAGACUUGCCAAGGUGCAUGCCUAUAUCAUCAGCUAUCUGAAAAAGGAGAUGCCUUCUCUGUUUGGGAAAGAGAAGAAGAAGGAGGAGUUGAUUACCCACUUACCUGAGAUCUAUCAACUGCUGCAGAGAGAACAUCACAUCUCGCCUGGAGAUUUCCCCAGUGUCACCAAGAUGCAGGAACAGCUUGCGCACUACGACUUCAGCAAGUUCCCCUCUCUGAAAAUUAAGCUGAUUGAAUCAGUGGACAAGAUGCUGAGCAGCAAGAUUGCACAGCUGAUGAACAUGAUCCGGGAGGAGGAAGGCAGACAGCCAGUUCAGAUUGUGACGGGUGGGGCUUUCGAAGGCUCUGAGGAUGGACCAUUCGGCCACGGCUAUGGUGAGGGCAUUAGUGCUGGAGCGGAUACUGAAGACUGGAUUGUGAGUCGUGACAAGCCACGGUACGAUGAGAUCUUCUACACACUGAUGCCCAUCAACGGCAAGGUGACUGGUGUCAAUGCCAAGAAGGAGAUGAUGAACUCGCGCCUACCCAACACUGUGCUCGGAAAGAUCUGGAAGCUGGCCGACUGUGACAGGGAUGGCAUGCUGGACGAUGAGGAGUUUGCCCUGGCUCAACACCUCAUAAAGGUCAAACUGGAGGGCUACGAACUGCCCUCAGAGUUACCGCCCCACCUGGUGCCCCCCGGCCACAGGAAGAACCCCACUGCAGACAUCUUGUACAACCACCAGAAUGACUAAGACCCCAAAGGGACCACAGAAUAGCUGUGUUUUUGCAUAUAUAAACCUGAACCAACAACUCACAUCACAGCCUCAGUAGGAUGAUUCAACCAAAUGCUAAUGUGGAUAACAGUAAAUAUUUUCUCUUGCUAGUUAGUUUCAUUUUGCUUUCAGAAUUAUGAAAAAGUGCAUAGUUAUUCUUAACAUGACUACCCCAGACCACUUCACAAAAGUAGUCUGACUCCGGUAGAGAGCAGUCUGCUUUGACAGUGCACAUGCUACACGUACAUUUAACGUAGUGUUCAGCAACAGACUUUCACAUUAAAUAUUGCCAGUGUCAAAGGUGCAGCCAAAGUAAAUCAUGCAGCAAACAAAACAGCUGUGAACCUGGGAUAAAAUAUUUACAUACACAACAUGCACACGCUAUAUGGCCAAAAGUAUGUGGACACCUGCCCAUCACCCCUAUAUGAGGUUCUUCCCCAAACUGUUGGAAACACACAAUUGUACAGGCUGUCUUUGUAAGCUGUAGCAUUAAGGUUUCCUUUGACUGCAACUAAGAGGCCGAAAUAUGUUCUAGCAUAACAAUACCCAUGUGCACAAAUUGAAGUCCAUACAGAUAUGGUGUGGAAAAACUUAAGUAGCCUGCACAGAACCCAGACCUCAACGCUGUUGAACAAAUUUGGAAUAAUCUGGAACAUCGACUUCAUGCCAGGCCUUCUCGACAUCAGUGCCCAACCUCCUGUGGCUGAACGGGUACAAAUCCCCACAUCUGUGGUCUAAAAUCUAGCAAAAAGUCCUCUCAGAAUUCUACUUGUUAACGCCCAUGAUUUUAGAAUGGAAUAUUUAAUAGCCAGGUGUCCACAUAUUUUUGGCCAUAUAGUGUAUUUAAACUGACGUUGUCAUCAUUUAUGAGUCUUUUCAUCAUUAGCUUGUAUUGUGCAGGUAUACAAGUGUUAAAGGAAUGUAUUGGUAGCUCGUGUGGCAUAGAACCACAUUUGUAACUGCAGAACUACACAGUCAAGCGAACACAUGGAAUAUCAUUUGAAUCCUAAUGGCAAACCAAUAUUAUUGUCAAUAUAAUUUUGCAGUUUGUUUGCUGAUAGUGACACGAGCCCUUAUGCAUCAAAGUUGCAUAGAAAUGAGUGCAGAUUGACGUCUGAACAAAUCUGCAUCCGAUUCAUGAAACCUUUGCCCAGUAUCAGUUCAGGUGGUGAUUUGAGCAUAACUGAUAAGUCAGCUUCAGCCCCCAUCUGCUCAUCCUUAUUUACAUCAUAUCCAUAUGAGACCCCAGUUUAUUAUAUACAUCUAAUUUACAUGAAACUUGUCAUAAUUUAUGCUGUUGUAACAGGAAACCAAUGAAAGGUAAACAUUCAGCAGUCUUCAAUUAAAGCUAGACGGCCUUUCGAUUUCAUAAAAUCGGUGAAAUUUAGUUCCCUCUGAAAUUUGGUCAUUGUGAUGUAUGUUUUAUUGCUGUAAUAUCUUUUUUUAAAAAAAAAACACCAGGUCAUUCUGUGACUGGGAAGUUAUUUAAUUUGAGGGGUUUCAAAUUAAAUAACUCGCAUGUUUUAGUUUUUUGUGAAAUUUUGCAAUAACCUCAAAAAAUGUGAUUUCCAGGUGUCUCAUCUGACCAGCACUCUGCUGCUCAGAGCUUCAUGAUCAUUUAUUUUAUUAUCACUCACAGGCUGUUAGUCUCCUUACUAUACUUUGGUGAUACCGAUAUUGAUUAUUUAAUAUUUUGCUCAGGUUUAUAAGCACUCGGAGUUUGAUCACACACAUCCAACAAAGAUGAAACUGAUCAAUGAGGAAACUGGCAGUUUAAUUUACGUGCACUUAAUUUACAGUCAUAUCUGACUGUACAUAACUUUGAUGAAUAAGGGCCAGUGUUCCAAUUUUGUAUUAAAGGGUCAUCUGUAAGUUUACAUUUUGAAAGAAUUAGCAUAAAGAAUAUGUGUGAUGUAUUUUCACAGCAAUAAAUUCUGAAUAAUUCUAAUGCUAAUAAUCAGUUGCUAGUUAUGGUGUGCGCUGAAACUUCAGCUCAUGCUUGUUGGUCCAGGUGACAUGUUGUGCUGGAAAACAAACCUAAUCACCUAAUUUUUUUUAAUAUAAAAAAUAAAAAUAUAUUAACUUCUUUCAUCUAGGGUUUAGAAAAAGCAAGCUACUAGGCUACUGCAAACCUUUUCACUGUGCCACUUUUGCUUCAGUGUCUCAUGAGAAAUCAGUGCGAUAUGUUAGUCAUAUUUAAUAUGAUAAUUACGAAAUAUUAACUGGUUCUCAUCUUUUUUGAAUGCACGUCUGUGCUUGUUACACAGUUGUUCUUUUGUGUGUGUGUCUGUCUGUGUGUGUGUGUCAUAAUUCCCUCCAGUGUUACAUCACACCAGAUGCUCAUUGCACAUUGGUAUCGAGUCACACCCAGCAUAGUUAGGAGCUCCAAAGCAUGAUUGUGAUCCCUCACUACCGCAGUGCCCUUUUUACAUGGCUAAAUAUUGUAUUCGUCAAAUGAUUUUCUUCAUCUGACUUUGCAUUCUGUGUUUAUGAAGAGAUGGGCUCUUUGAGGACACAGAAUAAAAUCCAACUGUUAACAUUACAGUCUGUGGAAUGUGGAAGAUUUUUAGUUUUAAGAGAGGGGCAGAGAAUGUGCUUUUAAGUUGUUGCAUAAGGAAUGCAUCAUGUACUUAUUAACUUUAAAUGGUUUGUUCAGUUGGUUAUCACCAGAUGGCUAACUUUUUAGAUGGUCACUCAUUUUUUGUAAGUGCAUUGUUGGAAUCAAUGUCAUACUGUUACCUAUGAGGCAAAUUAUUUUAACCAACAACUGCAAAAUCGCUCUGAUUUUUUUCACAAGUCUUGUCUUAUUAAAAGUUAAGUACUUUUCAUGCUGGAUUAUACUCCUUAUACUGCAUUUUCUUUUAAGAGCCAUGGCAUUUUAAUGUCUAGCGUAUCACUACUGUAAAGAAAUAACAUUUAUAUACUUGUCU